AUGCCUUUACCGUCGAUUGCCGACUCCGCCAGUACCUCGUCAAGGAUACUCGGGAAAGAGCUCAGAGAGAGAGUGCGGACGUCGACCCAGCACAUCUCAUGGUCACACAACGCGUAUCAUUCGCUCGGCAAGGUGCCACCUCGCUCGCCGAGUCCGCGAGGCUCCCUGGCGUUCAACAUGCCUGUAACCAACAUGAACAACUAUGGUCGGGAUGCACCAAAGCAUAGGCGCAAGGGCACGCAUCUGCGGGCUGGGACUGGAGCGUCCUGCGUUUGGACUCACAGACACACGGAAUCCACGCUGCACUCGGAACGACAGGCCGAUAAAUGA